AUGUCCCUUUUUGGAACCUCCCCGACGGAGGAAUCUCCGGGCAUCAGUGCUACUGGCGCCCCGAGCAACUCGCUCUUCGAUGAGGGACAUCCGUCCAACAAGUCGAACAGCUCCCUCUUUGCCGACGACGACUUUUCCGGCGACGGGGGAGGCUCGCCGUGGGACAUGCCCACGCCUCGCAAGCAGAAGACCCGCGCCGAUCUCCUCCGAACCCUGCUCCCCACCUCCGACGCGCCCGACAGCUACAUCGACACGUUUGAUACCGUCGUGCAGGAAGAUGGCAGCAACGGCAGAGUCAAUGCGAGCGGCGUCGCCAAGGUCUUUGCCGCUGCGAGACUGGGCGCCGACGAGCAGGCCAGCAUCAUGGCCAUCAUUGCGCCCAACGACAAUGACGUCGCCGUGGGCCGCAACGAAUUCAAUGUCUUCCUUGCCCUCAUCGGUCUGGCGCAGGAAGGCGAAGCCAUCAGCCUCGACGGUGUUGACGAACGACGAAGAAACCUUCCUAAGCCCAAGCUCGCUGGCGUGACCGCCGAGCCCGCGAUGCCUCCGGUGUCCGAGCUUGCUGCCAAACCACCUCAAGCACCCGAGACGCCUGUGAAGGAACCGACGCCCGCACCGUCGCCUGCGAAGCCCAAGAAUAUUGCGCAAGCUCCGAUGCAGUACCCUGACGCUGACGACCCUUGGGGUUCGCCCGACCUGCACAAGAACCACAACCACGCACCGGCGCCUCGGCCUGCCCAAACCAAUGGCGCCGCCUCGGCCAACCAUGAUAGCAAUGGCCAGACAGGAUUCGGUACAAUACCCAGCACGGCGAUAGCGGGGCGCACAAUGUCUUCCUACACGACAGCCACCGUCAACUCCAACAUUGCCUCGCCGCAACAGCCCACGAGCACCGGAGUUGGCGCAUCUCCUGCUGGCGGUGGCUGGGGCGGCGGUUUCUUCGAUGGAAGCAAUGUCGGCGGCGGUUUCGCGGAGCCUCAGCCCAACCCCGUACUGCCGAGCCCAUUUGGUGCCGCUGCGGAGCCCAACAGGCAUCUGGCCGCUGCGGAGCCUACAAUCACGCCUUCCCUGCGACCGCUGCCGAGCAACCGCACCGGCGGCGCUGUUGAGGAGAACAUUGUCGUUUCCCUGAUGCCAGAAAAAGAGGGCCUUUUCUUCUUCCAGCAUCACAAUUACGAAGUAUCCUCCUCCCGAAGAGGAAGUAAGGUGGUCCGCAGGUACAGCGACUUCGUGUGGCUUUUGGACUGCUUGCACAAACGAUACCCUUUCCGUGUACUCCCUCUCUUGCCGCCAAAGCGUGUUGCAGUCAACGGUAACCACCUCUCCAAUGACGGCGCGUUCAUCGAGAAGCGACGCCGUGGGCUCGCGCGGUUCCUCAACGCUGUUGUACGCCACCCAAUCUUAGGACAAGAACAGCUUGUCAUCAUGUUUCUCACUGUACCAACCGAGCUCACUGUCUGGCGGAAGCAAGCUACAAUCUCGGUGCAAGACGAGUUUGUUGGGCGCACUCUGCCCCCCGGGCUCGAAGACUCUCUGCCGGCCACGUUGGAAGAACUGUUCGACCGCAGCAGGACUGGCGUCAGACGCUCAGCUGAGCUUUACAUCAAUGUCUGCAAUAUCAUGGACCGUCUUGUCAAGCGUAGCGACGGCGUAGCGGCUGACCACGCACGUAUUGCUCUGUCGCUCCAGUCAUUGACCGAACUCAGCAACGACACGUAUGCCACCGACACGAAUGACGUGCCACUGCUCAACGACGGCCUCACCGCCAUGGGCAAGCACCUCAAGACUUGCCAGAGCCUGAUGGAGGAUGAGAGCAAAGCCUGGGAUCAAGGCGUACUGGAAGACCUGAAGCGACAGCGGGACUCACUCGUCGCCAUUCGUGAGAUGUUCGAACGACGCGAUCGACUGGACAAAGACAACAUUCCCUACCUGGAACGGAGGAUACAAACCAACGAGAGCAAACUUGCGAAUCUUCGCGGCAAGCCGGAUGGGCUUGUCAAGCCGGGCGAGAUUGAGAAGGUGGUCGAGGCCAUUAUUAAGGACAAGGAAUCCAUCGUCAAUCAGCACAACAGGUCCAUCUUCGUCAAGGAGUGCAUUCGCGACGAGCUCAUCUACUUCCAGUCAACCCAAUACCACGUAUCCCGAUGGAACCAGGACUGGGCCCAGGAGAGGGUCAAGUACUCGGAGAUGUUGGCAGACAACUGGCGCCGUCUACUUGACGAGCUCGACGGCAUGCCUCUCGGCGACUAG